AUAAUGUAAACCAGAGACACGGUGGACCGCUGUCAGGUUGAACAAAAAGAGAAAACUCACUGAAGCUGCUGUCAGAAUAAAAAUACAAAAUGAAGCUGCUGUUCAUGUACUUAUUUGUUGUCCUUGCUUGGACAUCCCACGCUCUUGUUCGAAUUCCUCUGACGAAAUUCCGCUCUAUCCGACGAACCCUGACGGACUCAGGAAGAAGCGCAGAGGACCUGCUGAUGGGGGAUGAGGCCCUGAAGUACAACCUGGGGUUCCCCUCCAGCAAUGCCCCUACUCCAGAGACCCUAAAGAACUACCUUGAUGCUCAGUAUUAUGGGGAGAUAGGCCUGGGCACUCCUGCCCAGACCUUCACAGUGGUGUUUGAUACAGGAUCGUCCAACCUUUGGGUCCCCUCUGUCCACUGCUCUCUGACAGACAUUGCCUGCAUGCUGCACCAUAAAUACAACUCUGCCAAGUCCAGCACAUAUGUGAAGAACGGCACAGCCUUUUCCAUUCAGUAUGGGUCUGGCAGCCUGUCUGGCUUCCUAAGCCAGGACACAUGUAAGAUAGGAGAUUUGUCUGUGGAUAGGCAAGUGUUUGGUGAGGCCACCAAGCAGCCGGGUGUGGUCUUCAUCGCUGCAAAGUUUGACGGCAUCCUGGGAAUGGCCUACCCCAGAAUCUCUGUGGAUGGGGUGGCACCUGUCUUUGACAAUAUCAUGCGACAAAAGAAGGUGGAAAAGAAUGUCUUCUCCUUCUACCUGAACAGGAACCCAGACACACAGCCCGGAGGGGAGCUUAUUCUGGGAGGGACCGACCCCACAUACUACAGCGGGGAUUUCCAUUACCUGAGCCUCAGCAGGCAGGCCUACUGGCAGAUACACAUGGACAAGGUGAGCGUGGGGGGGCAGCUCGGCCUGUGCAAGGCGGGCUGUGAAGGCAUUGUGGACACCGGCACGUCCCUCAUCACCGGGCCCUCCGCCGAGGUCAGGGCCCUGCAGAAAGCCAUCGGAGCCGUUCCCCUGAUCCAGGGAGAGUACAUGGUGGACUGUAAGAAAGUGCCGUCUCUCCCUGUCAUCGCCUUCACCCUGGGGGGAAGGGCCUACACCCUCACAGGGGAGCAGUACAUUGUGAAGGAGAGCCAGGGUGGUAAGACCAUCUGCCUGAGCGGAUUCAUGGGGCUGGAUGUUCCUGCCCCAGCCGGGCCGCUGUGGAUUCUGGGAGAUGUGUUCAUCGGGCAGUACUACACAGUGUUCGACCGUGACAACAACCGGGUGGGCUUUGCCAAGGCCAAGUAGGCUCCCUGGCAAGGAUGGGGAGCAAAAAAUAUAGAAAUUGCACAACUACAGGAUGACUGUUGCUCUGAAAUAUUGGUGGUACUAAGACUCUGUAGAGCUUUAAUGCACUGUACUUCUGUGUCCUUACAGAAAAUAAUUUUUCAGUAAUGUGUGAAGUGAUGAAAAUAUUCAAAAUGAAAGAGUGCUGGUGAAGGACUCUUGUUUCUGUAUUCCAUUCAGAUUGGGUUUUUAGUAUGUUUCUGUGUUCUAUGUUUAUUGUAUUGUUCUUUUAUCUUAUAUUGAAAACUAAAAAUAAACAUAUUUCAAAGGUUUUCAUUUGCAUUUUGAAGAAUCUUCCUCUGUUACUGACUAUGUAUGUUGAGAUAACUGAAUAAAAUAAAAACUAAUUUAAAAA